UGAGGUCCGGACCGUGAGUGCGCUCAGUUAAUUGUUUUCGCGUGUUCGUCCAAGUCAGUGUACAAAAACGAUAACUUUGUGUGUUUAGAACAUGGAACAGCUAUUAGUGGUGCCCGGCAUUUUUGUAACACUGCUGUUCUUAGCUUGGCCCAGUGCAGCUCAACGAGUGCCGCCCGUGGCCUGCCCACAAUACUUUGAGUACCUGUCGUUCAAUCAGGAGUACGUGGGCCGUAUCUCAGUACGGCAUGAUCCAGAGUACCAGGAGAAUACGCUCAGUGUUCAGUUUUCGCAGCGUAGCCGCUUAAACUCGAAUUACUUUGGCAGCCUCACACUGUGGGACGACGACCAGGUAACCAAGUUUAAUCUGCGCAAUGGUAACCCUAUAAGAUAUCGCAUUGAUUUUCCCACACCUGAAGAAUUGCCCAAGCUGACGCUGGUGAUGAUCAACGAUGUCGUCUUAUGCAGAGCAUCGCCAUAUCCUCCCAGCAGUGUUACGCUCUCCUUGUCUCAUUCGCUGCACUCAACGACGACGCCGUUAUUUACUCAGCAGCCUCAAUUUGUACAGCAAACAAAUCCCCGACCGGUGCAGCGGCCGCAGCGCCCAUUUUGGCAAAACACUUUUGUAGAGCCCGAGCCGGAGGAGCGACCCACAUUCCGAAUCCCACAGCCAACUGCCCCGGUUCCAACAACACCAGCACCACCACCACCACAACCACCAGCGUCAUCGCGUCCUCCAACUCAACCUCCCACAGCACAGCCUAGACCAUCAGUAGUACCCAACACAGGUGGCCAGGGACUGAGGCAGCUCGGUGGAAUUUGUGGGCGCGAAGGGCCCAUCACAUCGCCGCUUAUCCAUCAUGGCACGCAGGUGCGCCGCGGACAGUUGCCUUGGAUGGUGGCACUGUACGAGCGUGGCGGAGAUGGUCUGCGCUUUUUCUGUGGCGGCACGCUCAUCUCCGCCUCAACGGUGCUGUCGGCGGCGCACUGCUUCCUUUACACUGACCGAAAUCUGCCCGCCAACCGAGCUGUCGUCUCUCUGGGUCGCAACACACUGGAUCUGGUGUCAGAUGGCCUGCUGCGGGAGGUAUCUGUGCUGGUCCUACAUGAAGAAUACGCGCCACAAAACUACACGGAUGCGGACAUAGCGUUGCUCAAGCUGGCAACUCCAGUGAGCUUUGGUGAAUUUAUCAAGCCCAUAUGCCUGUGGAGCGAAAACUUUCAGCUGCAGUUGCCUUCGGGCUAUAAGUCCUAUGUGGCUGGCUGGGGCUCCGAUGAGAAUGGAAAUGUGAACACCCGUGUAGCCAAGAUGACAGAUACGGAUAUUGUUACUGAGUCGGAGUGUUUGCGCAACCUGAGGUCGACCGAAGGCGUCAGACUCGUCACGCCGAACACAAUUUGUGCGGGCAACAAACAGGCCGCCGGCCCCUGCAGCGGUGACUCCGGCGGUGGCCUCAUGCUCCAGGAGAACAAUAUCUGGCUGCUGCGCGGAGUCGUAUCGGCCGGCCAGGUGUAUACCAACCGCUGUGAUCUAACGCAACCCGUCAUCUAUACAGAUCUAGCCAGGCAUAUUAUCUGGCUGCGCGAGAAGAUCUGGCUAUAAGUCACGUCGUUUCUUUUAAGAGAUUAGUUAACUUGUGAUAGAAGAGGAGAGCUUUCAAAUUGUGUGCCAAAAUAAA